AUGGCUAUCAUCAAAAAGACAACAUUAACAAAGGCUGUUCCUGUAUCCUGGAACAGCUAUGAAAGCUCUUUGAAGGUGGAUGUUACAAAGAUGAACGAAAUAGGUGCAUUAAGAGGUGCAGAAAGAGGUGACCUGUCAAACAGCUGCUACAGAGUUACUCCCUCAACAGCACUUCCAACUUCUGGGGCGAUACGAUAUCUGUCUGGACGCUGGGGCUGGCGCGGGCGCGGGCGGCCGACACCUCCGGGGUUGGUGGGGAGGACGCGGGGACGCGAGCGAGGCGCGGACGGAGGCGGAGGGCGAGGCGGGAGGAAGGCGGGCUGGGGGCGGAGCGGCCCUGGACGGCGGCGGCGGCGGCGACUCCAGCCACUCGCGGCAAAUCGCGUCCCGGCCCCUCCGUGCGUCAGGCAAGGGGCGGCGGCGCGGGCGGCCCGGCGACCUCCCCGCACCCGCGGCCCGACCCGCGUCCGCGCGACCCCGCGAGCGCGCGAGAAGCGGCGGCGCAGCGACCCCGCCCGGCGCGGGAAGGGGGCGGGACAGGGAGUCCCACUGGAGCGGGGGCGGGGCGAGGAAGGGGCCUUCAGUGUACCCUUGGUGGACCCUGCGAACCUCGCCCGGCCGGGGACUCCGCGCUGCCCAGCCCGCAGUGGUGUAGAUAAUGAAAGGAGCACUGGAACUGGAGUCAGAAAGCCCGGGCUCAAGGAAAGACCCCCGCUACUGGACGGCUUGCAAGUGGUUUCUUUUCUCUGUCCUCAUCCUGAAAUACGUAGGUUUGAGUACAUGGUCUUCAAGAUUUUAAAAAAUUCUGACCUCCACAACCUGAAGAAUGAAGGCACCUGGGGGGAAUGGGUAGUAGUGAGGAAGAGCUGGAUUCAGGGCAUUUGGUUUUCUUCGGGGAUCUUUCCAUUCAGCCCAAAAUUUAUUCACAAAUGA